CAGGAAAGGUGUGUACAGACCAAGGAUGGUCUAUUUUUCACCAUGCUGCCAAAAGGAGUUACGACUUCUAACAUUGUGUCACACAUUUCAGGAAGGCCAAGAAACUACAGGAUGUCAUCUGAUCUUCUAAUCCUGGGGUCGGAGGAGAAAACCACCAUGGCUGUCAGUGAAGGCCUCAAGCCGCUUGCUGGUUAUCUUCUACAGCUCAUAAAAGCCAACUUCAUCGCCUCUGGUAUCCCAACAGGCAAUUUGUUGAUGGAGAUGACUAUUGGAACGAGGGAAUUUGCACUCUCUCAGAAGUACCACAAGGAACUCCGGUUGAAACAAAACGACUACACAAAAGUGCAUGAACUUCUCGAGCAUGUUUACAUGGACCAACAAAUAUCAAACACUGAUGCCUCUGGAGAAAUGCUUGGCAGAAUGAUCCCGCCUGAAUAUCGAAUGUCUCAGCGCCAAGAUACCGAAGCAGCAAAAAUGGCGGUGGUACUAGAUGCUUUAGCAUCCUACCUCCAAGACAUGUUGUUGGAGAUGGCUAAAGAAGAAGUGCAUCUGCUCUUAGGUGUUCCCGAUGAGAUAAAAAAGAUGGGGAUGAAGCUUGGGGACCUUAAGAGGUUCCUUGCCGAUGCAGACAAGAGGAAUAUCAGAGACGAGAGUGUGAAAUCAUGGGUGAGAGAGCUUAGGAAUGCCAUGUAUGAUGCUACCAACAUCCUUGAUUUGUGCCAGCUCAAGACGAUGGAACGGGGUCGAAGCUGUGAUAUGGGCUGCUUCAAUCCCUUGCUCUUUUGCAUGAGGAAUCCUCUCCAUGCUCAUGACAUCGGUAAUCGCAUAAAAAGUCUUAAUGAGAGGCUAGAUGACAUUGAGAAGCGUAGCAAAACCUUCAACUUCAUUAACCUUGCAUCUUAUGAGGACAACACAAAAAAGGUAGAAUCCUCCCUUCACGCUAGGCGUGAGACAACAGGGGGGGAUGAGUUAGGUGUGGUUGGUGAGAAGAUUGAGGAGGACACAAGAAAUCUUGUGGAUUUGCUCACGAAGAAGGACAAAAAUGUACAUGAACACAAAAAUGUUAUGGUUUAUGCUAUUGUGGGAGUAGGAGGGAUUGGCAAAACCACCCUUGCCAAGAAGAUCUUUAAUCAUGACUCUAUCAAACAAGAGUUUCAAAAGAGAAUAUGGUUGAGUGUCAAUCAAAAAUUUAGCGAUGUUGAUCUAUUAGAGAGAGCAAUCACUGGAGCAGAAGGAAGCCAUCAAGCACCAAGAAACACAAAGGACACACUAGAGCGAACCCUUAAGGAAGCCGUGGAGGGGUGCAAGACCUUAUUGGUGAUGGAUGAUGUUUGGGACCACCAUGCAUGGGAGAAGGUACUCGAGCCUCCAUUAAUAAACUCACUUGCUCGUGGAAGUUGUGUUCUCGUAACAACGAGACAUGACACGAUCGCUCGAGGCAUGAUAGCGGAGGUGCCCUACCACCAUGUCGACAAACUAGAAGAAGAAGAUGCCUGGUCUUUGCUCAAGAAGCAGGUGGUUGGAAAUGAAAACAAUGAUGAACCAAAGGUUGAUGCAUUGAAGGACAUUGGAACGUCGAUUAUAGCAAAAUGUGAUGGUUUGCCUCUCGCAGUCAAAGUAAUAGGAGGCCUUCUCCGCCAGAAAAACAUAAGGCGAAGCGACUGGAAAAAUGUCCUAAAUGAUUCUACAUGGUCAGUAUCUCAAAUGCCUGAAGAGCUAAACUAUGCAGUAUACCUGAGCUAUCAAGAUCUGAACCCUGAGUUAAAGUCUUGCUUUCUGCACUACGCCCUCCUCCCAAAGAACACGGUGUUCUUGUAUGAGCAAGUUGUUGCCAUGUGGAUUAGUGAAGGAUUUGUUCAUGGAAACUCACAGGAUUUGGAAGUGUUAGGAAAAGAGUACCAUGACCAGUUAAUAGCUAGGAACCUUCUAGAGCCUGAUCAAGGGUACGUAGACCAGAUAGUUUGCAAUAUGCAUGAUGUUGUUCGCUCGUUCGCUCAAUAUUUGACUAGAGAUGAAGCAUUGAUAGCUCACAAAACUGAGCCUGGCCAUACCAAUAACAUUAACCCACAAAAUGUUAUUCGGUUAUCACUAAAAUCCAAAGAAUCAGAGUCAAAUGAGCUAGAGUGGAGUUCUCUACAAGCACAUAUAUCACUGCAAACACUUAUUUUAGUUGGGGAAACAAAGAUCAACCCAGGUGAUUCACUGUCAUCUUUUCCUUGUUUGCGGACCCUACAUAUAGAAGAUGGGAAUUUUGAUGCAUUGUCUGAAUCUUUGGUCCAACUCAAACACUUGAGGUAUUUAAGCCUUCUUGGCACUAACACAUCUAGGCUGCCAAAAAAAAUAGCCAAGAUGAAAUUCUUGCAGUGCAUUGACCUUUCUUAUUGUAAAAGUUUGAUGAAGCUUCCUGCUGGCAUUGGAAUGUUACGACAGCUGAGGUAUCUAAGCCUUGUUAACUCAGGUAUAAAUAAUAUACCCAGGGGUUUCAGUGGCCUAACUAAUUUAAGGGUAUUGAAGGGGUUUCCUGCCCACGUGGAGGGUGAUUGGUGUAGUUUGGAAGAAUUAGGACCUCUUAACCGGCUCAUGCUUCUUCGUAUACAUGGCCUGGAGAAUGUAUCUUCUUCCUCAUUUGCUAUAAAAGCCAGGCUUGGUGAAAAGGUGUGCCUCAGCUAUCUGGACUUACAGUGCACUAGUAGUAGUGGAGGUGCUCACCGGUUGGUGAAACAGGAAGAGCAGCAACACAUCGAGAAGGUGUUUGAUGAGCUCUGCCCUCCGCCUUGCUUAGAAAAUCUUGCAAUCAAAGUGUACUUUAGUCAACGACUUCCACGGUGGAUGACGUCGACAGCAAUUGUGUCCCUUGGAUGCUUGAGGAUUCUAUUCAUGGAAGACUUGCCUUAUUGCACAGAGCUACCUGAUGGCUUGUUCCAGCUCCCCAGCUUGGAGUUCCUACAGAUUAGAAGCGCCCCAGCCAUCAAGCAUGUUGGGCCAGAGUUCUUACUACCACACCAUCAUGAGCACCCAAGCGCUAUGGAGAACUUUGGUUCUGGUUUGGAAAUUAUUGUGGGUGAAUGUCCUAGCCUGGAUAGGAUCAGCAAUCUGCCAAAAUUGCAGGACCUCGGGAUCAUAAGAUGCCCAGAGUUGAAGGUAAUAGAGGGUUUGCCUGCACUUCAGAAACUCUGGCUGGAGGACUACGACAUGGAAACACUCCCUGGAUAUUUGCAGGACGUAAAGCCAAGGCAUUUGGAUCUAGACUGUGAUGUCCUGUUGCUCACUUCCAUAGCUAAAGGAAGAUCUGGCCCUGAGUGGGACAAGUUCAGCCAUAUCAAGCAGGUCAAUGCAUAUGCAGAUGAUGAUGACAACAACAUUGAAAGGAAGUGGUACGUGAAGUACACAGGCGAUCCAUUCAGCUUCAAGACAAACAUCAACGUCUCUGCUGACGCUUCAGGUGGAGUGCCGCAUGGACAAAAAGCAGCCUUGGAGGCUGGAGCUAUCAUCGCUUCGGCGGAAGAAGAAGCAAUGGAGCCGAUUACUACGCUGCGGGUCGUCAGAAGUUGGACACUGCAAAUGUGA